AGUAGCAUGUAAAAAGGAAUUACUCAAGGUCAGGGGUAGGACACAAGGCAGAGCAGUGAGCUUCCUUACUCCAAUAUAUCUAAACCCAAUGCCAUCUGUCUUCCCACCGACAACACUUCCCUCCCCGCUGCAUAUCGCCAAAUAUGGCCGACAAUUCCAUGUACUAAAAACGAACCACAAAAACCUUCCAUCCCCUGCUCUCAAUCUAAUACCCACGUCGAUUUCAGUGCAAAAAUCAAAACAAUGUCCCAAUCCAUUCCACCAGAGCUCAUCGCUGACAUCCUCUGCCGGCUCCCCACGCGCACCCUCGCCAGGUCCCGGUGCGUCUCCAAACAAUGGCGCGAAAUCAUCGACGACUUCCACUUCACCAAACGACAUUUACAGCAUUCCAUCCACACAAACUCCAACCGCCGCCUUUUCAUCCAAAUCGACCAUUUCGCCGGUCUCAAACGCUUGAAAUGCUGCCGUCCGGGAGCUCCUUUCCGAUUCUCCGACGAUCCGAAUUUCGGUGGGGAAACCAGUAACACCCACCUGUUUAUGGGCUCCUGCCACGGUCUGCUCUGUUUUCACCUAACCAACACCCUCGCUGACUUCAUCUUGGUCAACCCAUCCACGAGUCAACGCCACUAUGUCAAUAACUAUCUCCAAAAUUUCUCCCUCUGGGCCGGGGCCCAAUUGGCCGGUCGUGGAUUCGGGUACGACCCGAUUACCCACGACUAUAAGGCGGUGCGAAUCGGGUCGUUCAAUGAUCAGUCGGAACCGCGGGCCGAGAUUUACAGCUUGGGGGCGAGAUCUCGCAAGGUGGUAAACAUGCCGUACCUUCCGUUUGGUCCUCACCGGAUGGGCGUCUCCGCCGGCGGCGGGUUGCAUUGGAUCGGCGGAAGGUGCGAUGAUUUAUUCGGGCCGCGGGUAAUCGUGUCUCUGGAUCUCGGGUCCGACGAGUUUUACGAAUUGCCGCAGCCGGAAUUCGGAGAUCAGCCUUUUAUUCUGACGAUCGGAGCUUUGGGUUCAUGGUUGUGCGUCUGCGCGGCUUAUGAAGAUGACGAACGACUCGACGUUUGGGCGAUGGAAGAGCCCGGGAAGAAGGGGAAAGGACGGUGUUGGAAUCGGCUGUACUCGAUUCGAGAUGCUGCAGUGGGCCGUCGAUGGGCUUUGGCUUUGGGCUUUUGGGAGGGCCGAAUUCUGUUCAUGUUGGACCGUAGUGGCUUUGCGUGGUAUGAUCCAUCGAAGGAACGGGUUGAUGUCGUUGAGGUUGAUGGGCCGCCAGAAGAUGUUUACUUUGAUGCGGUUUAUUGUUUGGAGAGUUUGGUUAAACCUUUUGUUUGGAAGGUUGAGGGAAAGAAGCAGGCAAAACAACGGAAUGAGAAGAAGAUAACAUGGAGAAAAAAAGAGGUGUUCUUGAUGGUAACAUAUGCUGGUAAGAACAAUCGAUGAUCCCCUAUUUCCCUGCUGGUUUAAAUAGAUUUUACACUGUUCA